UCCACCUGAAAGUAUCUUCGUUCAUUUAAGAUUCUUUUAGUGAGAAAGCAAAUUCUUCAUUUUCUUAUCUAAUUAAAAGUGUUAUUAUUAUUAUUUUUGAUACUUCGAUCAUUCGUAAUAAGAUGAAAAGUGUGAUAUUAAUUAUGAUCUUGGGCUUGGCAAUAGCCCAAGAACAAAAUUAUCGUAAUAAUUAUCAAGAAGAUGAACGACAAAAUCCAUCUGGUACCGAUAAUAGACGUGGUUCAACUACAACACCGAUUCCUAUUUUACAUUGGAAUAAACAACAAGAACACGAUGGAACAUAUAAAACUAGUUACGAAACUGGGAAUAAUAUCAUUGCCGAGGAAAGUGGUUACAUCAAAACGGUAGGUGAAGGUGCAGAACAAGGAGAGGCAUUGGUACAACAGGGCAGUUAUUCCUACAUGAGUCCUGAGGGCCAGUUGAUCACCAUUCAUUAUACUGCAGACGAAACAGGCUUUCACGCAUCCGGUGAUCAUAUUCCCACGCCACCACCAGUAAGCGAAGAAAUUCAGAAAGGCCUCGACCUCAUCUUUGCAGGCAUUCGACAACAAGAGGUAAUUACGUAA